AUGCUCCAGCUAUCGCUCUCGGAGGCUUACCCGGACUUGGGGCAUGAUGGGCCGUUGAACCUACUCGAUCUACCAUUGCCGGGUGAAAACGAGCUUAUGGAGCUACUGGAUACGACGCCAUCUGAUUGCAAUUCCGGUGGUGGAUUCAACUUUGACUUUACGACUUCGAACACAGAGCAGUUUCCGCAGUCGCCAACCGCUGGUCUAUCGUUGCCGAAUGAUAGCCAGCCUCGCACCAGGCCGGAAACGACAAGCCCUCCAGACUAUAAUACGUUGUUCAACUUUGACGAAGCAACGGAUAUUCCGCCACCUGCUUUCGACCCGAAUGAGAAAUCACCGAUUUCGAAUAAUGGUACAGUCCAUGUCGACUUUUCUGCCGCUAAUGUCUAUGGCCUCCCUGAGUUCAUCUCUCAGGGAGUUAGAGAUAGCCCAAGACAUGAGACGAUCAAGAUUGUGAACGGUCUACGGAGGGUUCUGUGCGAGAGUGCAGUGGCGUCGGGCGAAGAUGGACCACUUGACAAGACGAGAAAAUUUCCUGAAACCGACAGUGCUCUUUCACGAUACUGUGAUGCAUGCUUUGAAGAUUGCUGCCCGAUUGGCGACUUUAUGACGAAAUCUGCAGUCGAGAAUAUCAUCAAGCAGUCCAGAGAACCUGAGCCCGACAGAUUAAUUUUAGUCUUCGCUGAAGCCAUCGUAGCCGUGGGCUUUCACACAGCUUGCCUACGAAAUCGGCAAACCCGAAGCAUUAGAGAGUGCUACGAAGCACAGAAGCGCCUUACAUCAGCCUUGCGGCGGUACAAAGACAUCCAAAACAGCCCGAGCACGUUACUGAAAUUUCAGGUCACUCUGGUCAUGGCAGUGAUUGCAUACGUAAGCGAAGAGUCCUCGAUUUGGGAGAAAAUCACUGCGGCAGUGUGUUGUGCGCGUGAUCUUCGUCUCGUGCACGCGGCAAAAGGUCAGCAAACCAGCAUGAGCGAUCAAGAUCAGGAGCUGGCUCAACGGGGAGUUUGGUUUCUCUACAGCCUCGAGACAGACUACGCUAUCCAUCAUGGGAUGCUCCCAAUACUAGAUCUGGGUUGGGGGGUCCAGUUUCCGUCGUUCGACAAAGGAGACGACAUGAUUGCCGUGUCAUACACCUUCUCCGAGCUUCUACACUCGGUACUCAAAUUUCAGUAUAGUCCGAGAGCUCUGAACAAGUCUGCAUCGGCAUAUGAUCGUCGCGAUCGACUGCAGGCCAGCUGCCAUGUUCUCAAUGAAUGGCUUAGUGGCCUGCCAACACCUCUCAAUGAGGCGAACGAUGCCGGGGUUCUCCAAAGUGUAAAAGACGACCGGCAGCUACGGAAGGCAUUCCGUGUCUUCUGCAUGUAUCAUCGGGCUGUGUUUUUCAUCCAUUGCCCGUGGAUAACACCCAUCGCCACAGAUGACGCAGAUGUGUCCGGUGUUGCCGAGCAGACCAGGGAGAGGUGUGUUGAGCGCUGUGUCGAGUCGGCAUUUGCAGUUGUCAAGCUCGCAAAUAGUGGACUGUUUUGGGAAAAGGGACUUGAAAGGGAUAUAGGAUCGUCAAGCAUGAAAUGGGGCAAUAUGGGACAACUUCUUCUAGUAUCACUUUGCUUCAUCGUUUACUACCUCAUUAACGGAGAGAAGGCGAAUCGCAAGACAGCAAUGCCUUACCUGGCCAUUUGUGGAGGCUUGUUUGGAAGAUUGAGCCUGGAUAGUGAUGAGGGUUCUUUGAUGGAUCAUUACCUAGAGCUCAUUCAAGUAGUGCGGGCAAGUUGA